CAAAACUUUCACCAUAUUCACACAAAUACUCCUAUGUAACGGCUGCUUUUCUCAUUUCAAAUUUCAUAUUCUGCUUGCUUUGCAUUUCUGGCCUAAAGUUACAAAUGGGAGAUUCAGCUUGCUUUAUGCCUCCUGCUUUCUCUUACACUUCUGGUCUAUCCAAUGAAGCUUAUCAGGGGAAUCCGGUGAAUGCUCUUGGUGAGUCUGUUUCAUUCGGGCGAUUCAUGACUGAAUCUUUAGCAUGGGAAAAAUGGUCCUCCUUUUCGAAUAAGCGCCAUGUGGAGGAGGCGGAGAGAUAUGCUCAACCAGGCUCUGUUGCACAAAAGAAAGCCUUCUUUGAAGCUCAUUACAAAAGAAUUGCGGCUGCUAAGGCAGCAGCUUUGCUUGAGCAGGCAAAUGCGGAGAGUAAUGCAUUGGAACCCGAAAGUGAAACCAUAGAGCAGCUUAGUGAAUGCAACAGUACUAGCCAGGAUUCAGAAACAAUGAAACAGGACUCUGAGGAAGUGGUACUUGAGAAAAAUCAAGAAUUCGCGGUAAUUGCUGAGUCUGAUAGCUCAGAAGUUGAUAGGCUGGAACGAGCUGAUUCGACUACAGAAACAGAAGUACUAGUGGAAAUUUGUCCUAAUGUUGAUAAACAGAAUAUGGUCUCUGGAUCAAAAACUGAUGAGAUACCAAAGAAUGAGAAAAAUUCGGUUAAGAAACACAAUUCCUACCAGAAGGAUGUUUCAAAGUCCGCGAGCAAGAAGAGACCGGUAUUUUCUUCUUUAAGGUCAUCGGUUUUCAGUAAAAUUGCAUCUUCACCUGCUAAAUAUGUAGCUCCUCCAUUUCCAAGAAAAGAAAACAAUAAUCUCACACCAAGGACGGUUAAGUCCAAAAUGAACUCUACGGAUAUGAAAAGAUCGACGCCAAAGCCCCACCGGAAGUCCAUUAAUUUCACAACUGCAGCUGAACCUGAUACACUAUCUACUCAAGCUAUCAGGAAAAGUGAAAAUUCAAGAAAUGUGCAGAAUUCUUACAAGGGGACAAAAGACUUCGCAACUCCUUUGAGAACUUCAACUGCGGCAUCCGUGAACAGAAAGCCGAAGCAAUCUGCAGUAACUCCUUCUUCAGUAAAUAAAAGUGCCAGUUGCUCCAAGUCCUUCAGCGCCUGUCAGAAAACAUUACAAUGUUCGACAUCAUCAACUCCUUUUCUCCUGAGAACAGAGUUAAGAGCUGAAAAAAGAAAGCAGAGACUUGAAGAAAGAUUUAGUGAGAAAGAAACAGAGAAAGUCCAAAUGCACACAAAAUCCAAGGAAAGAGCAGAAACAGAAGUUUGGAAACUGCGUCAAAGUCUUUGUUUCAAAGCUCGGCCUCUUCCUCAAUUCUAUAGGGACAGAAAGACUCAAGAACUUCCAAGUCAGUCACCUAAAGUUGAAGGCAAGUCAAGUGCCAGUACAACUGAAACCAAAAAUCUUCUAACAAAGUCUGCAGCCAAGAACAAUGCCUAUAAGAAUGUCUGUAAGAAAAAUAGUCAGACGCCAUCACGUAAUCUGUCACUACCAGCCAUGACUCCGCGAAAAAUUCAUUCCAAGAAACUCAGCACGGAUCAGCACAAACAACAUUGAUUUCAUUACAUAAGUAAGAGCUAGUGUGGUUUAUAAGUGCUAGACAUAUUUUAAAUUCUUUGAUCGGUGUCUCAGUGUAAAUUUUGUUCCCUCGGAAUGUUUUACUAUUAUAAUUGAUAUGCAUAGAUUGCCAUCUCAAAGU